AUGGCCCAACCCGGCCAACCUACCCGCGAGCAGCUGGCCUUCAUCGCCGCCCAAAACGCCGAAGCUCAGCGACAGUUGAAUGAGGAAGCUGAACGUCGAAACAUUCCAGUCGCGGAAUUGGUCAAGGAGAAGGAAAGAAAGUUUCUCGAAUUUUGCAAAGCACAGGGCAAGGAGCCAGAGGAGGUCAAGAAGGAAUUGAUAAUGAAGCGGCAAAACCAGAUGAUGCAGGCGACGGGGGAGCAACAACAAAAGGGACCACAGACACAGCGCGUGGCUGUUAGCCCAGGGCAGCCCGUGGACCCCAGGGCGCUGGCCGUGGCGAAGUUUCUGCGCUCGCAGGCUCUUAAACCACGAACCUGUAUCCUGAACGGCGAACGAAAAGACAUGUUCAAAGUCAAGCGAGCUAUGCGCGCUCUCCAGUCCCCCGCCUACGCCAAAGCCGCCGCGAAGAAGAACUCCCUCCUCCCACCGGUGACAGACUACCCCUCAGCUGAGGCUGCAUUCAGCCUCCUCCCACUCUCUUAUCUCGCAUUACGCGUCAGCAAGCAUGACCCGCACGCAGGGCACAAUCACGCCAAGCCCAAGAACCGGACAAAGGGCCUGUGGACCGUGAAGAUCGAGGAGGAUCAGAAAUUUGAACCGAUGAUGUACUAUGUGUGGCAGUGGGAGGGACCGCAGUGGAAGCAGAAGGCCAUGGCUGCAGCUGUUGUAGCUGGUAUCUUUACCGUUGUGCUAUUCCCAUUAUGGCCUAUGAUGCUGCGCCAGGGUGUUUGGUACCUCAGUGUUGGAUGUAUGGGUCUUCUGGGACUUUUCUUCGCCAUGGCCAUCUUCCGGUUAAUUCUGUUCUGUGUUACCGUUUUCGCUGUGCCGCCAGGAUUGUGGUUGUACCCUAAUUUGUUUGCGGAUGUUGGGUUCUUCGAUAGUUUCAAGCCUCUUUGGGGCUGGCAGGAGAACAAGAAGAAAAAGGGCAAGAAGGUCAAGUCGGAAGCUGCAGCUCCUACUCUCACUACAGCAGCCUCCACUACAGCUCCGUCUGCUACUACUACCUCGGCUGAAGCUACAACUACCUCCAGCCCAGCGCCCGUGAAGCGGGACCUGACAGCGCGGGUGGAGGAAGUAGAAGAGUAG